CCGCGAAUUCGCCUUGAGCGCAUCCACACCAUGGUUCAGACCUAUCUGAAGCACGGUCCGACACAGGCGUUCGGUCUGGUAUGCAGUUCCUCGUCCAACUCGCACUACGAUGGGAAAUUGGCCUAUGUCCCUGCUCUGGAGGAUGUGCUAGUAUGGGACGUGAAGAAGGGUGAACAGCUGGCAAUGUGGCACGAGACCGGCCUUCGAGCAGAGGUUACGUGCAUCCUCCGCUCUCCGCAAAAGGAUACAUUUGCCGUAGGUUACGCGGACGGCUCUAUUCGCCUGUGGAGUGCAUCUUCUGGCUCUGUCGUUGCUACGUUCAACGGACAUAAGAAGGCAGUCACUGCGCUCGCAUUUGACGAGGCUGGUGCAAGACUUGCUUCAGGUUCCCAGGACACCGAUCUCAUUCUGUGGGAUGUAGUAGGAGAAGCCGGGCUAUUCAGAUUGCGUGGUCAUCGUGACCAAAUAACUGCCAUACGCUUCAUCGUUCCCAAUUCUUCCUCUGUGCCGUCGACAUCGACCGGUUCAGCUCCAAGUUAUCUCCUAACGUCUUCCAAAGACACAUUCCUGAAGUUGUGGGAUUUAUCAACGCAACACUGUAUUCAGACGCUCGUUGCGCACCGCUCAGAGAUCUGGACAAUCGACGUGGAUAGCAAGCAUGAACUUGUGUUCACCGGAAGCGGGGAAGGCGAACUGAAGGCUUGGAAGAUUGAUCAUGAGGCACUUGCGGAAGGGUUGCGAGAGACGGAGGCGGGAGAGGUCGCUAAGUUGAUUCAUCCUAUGGCCACCCUACCUCUCGCUUCCAAUCAUCGCGUAGCGCAGAUUGCUUUCCAUCCCUCCAGCUCAUAUCUCGCUGUGCAGUCGCAUGAUCGUUCCGUAGAAAUCUUCCGGAUACGCACGGAAGACGAAGUGCGGAAGAAACAGGCACGGCGGCGCAAACGCAUGAAGGAGAAGAAAGAACAGGCUAAGACGAUUGAUCAAAAAGGCACAGCAACCGGAGAACAAGAGGGCGAGGACGCGAUCGAAGUAGCCAAGGAGAACAAAGAUAUCCAGUUGGUGGAUCUGUUUACUCCCUAUAUGGUCGUACGAGCAAGUGGAAAAGUCAGGUCCUUUGAUUUCGCCGACGAAGAAAACGGAGCAAAGAGUGCUACACAGGUCUUGCUUGCAUUAUCCACAAACGCACUGGAGGUAUAUAGCAUACCUCAGCCCACGAAGUCAAAGGAUGCGUCCCCAGAAGCCACGCGCAUAUACUCAGUCGACUUACCCGGGCAUCGAACGGAUGUACGCACGCUGUGUCUCAGCUCGAAUGAUGAGCUACUUGCUUCAGGCUCAAACGGCUUGCUCAAGAUCUGGAAUAUGAAGAAACUGGGUGAUGAUAACUGCCCCACUUGUAUCCGUACCAUGGAGUGCAGCAAUGCUGUCUGUAGCACAUUCCUUCCAGGAGAUCGCCAGGUCGCCGUCGGAACAAAAUCUGGCGAAAUCCUGAUCUAUGAUCUCGCCUCGUCCUCGCUUGUCGAGAGCGUCAAGGCACAUGAAUCAACCGUGUGGUCCAUCCAUGUUCGUGCAGAUGGACAGGCCCUUGUCAGCGGAAGUGCAGACAAGGAUAUCAAAUUCUGGGAAUUCGAGCAAAAACUCGUGGACAAUGAGAAUCCACGAUUUCCAAAGCUAUUGACAUUGGUCCAUGUCAGGACACUUAAGAUGACUGAUGAUGUGCUCUGCGUGCGGUAUAGCCCGAAUAGCAAGUAUUUGGCGGUAGCACUUCUCGACUCAACCGUCAAGGUCUUCUAUCAGGACACCUUGAAGUUCUUCCUAUCACUCUACGGACACAAGCUGCCGGUUCUAUCUAUGGAUAUUUCGGGUGAUUCCAAGCUCAUCGUGACUUGUUCCGCGGACAAAAAUGUGAAAAUCUGGGGCCUCGACUUCGGCGACUGCCAUCGCUCGAUAUUCGCACAUGAUGACAGCAUUAUGCAGGUAGCGUUCGAGAGAAAUGAUGUGCGGGAUUUCGACAGCAAGCCGUCACAUUACUUCUGGACCGUCGGCAAGGACAAGAUGUUGAAGUAUUGGGAUGGCGACAAGUUCGAGAAUAUCCAGAAGCUGGACGGACACCACGGCGAGGUGUGGGCGCUCGCGGUCAGUAACCAGGGGAAGUUCGUGGUGACGGGCUCUCAUGACAAGUCCAUUCGCGUUUGGGAGAAGUUGAACGAAGAGCUGUUCCUGGAGGAAGAGCGUGAGCGCGAGCUGGAGAAUCUCUUUGAAUCUGGCAUCGCGGAGACCUUCAACCGCACCGAUGCGCCAAUUGGGAGCGGAGCAGAUGAUGCAGAUCCUAACGCCUCAGUCGGUGGUGCCGAAGUCACGUCAGUCUCGAAACAGACCACCGAGACGCUGAUGGCAGGCGAAAAGAUCAUGAUGGCUAUUGAGCUGGCCGAUGCGGAAAUCGCAGCGUUCAGCGAAUAUGAGGAAACAAUGGCCAAAGGCGGUUUGUCUGAGCAAGUCGCGCCUCCGCCGCGGAAUCCAGUGCUUGCUGCGUAUGAUGUCGACCCGGAAGAAUACGUUCUCAAAGUCGUGGAGCAGAUUCCAGGAACGGCAUUAUACGAUGCACUUCUGGUGUUGCCGUUUGGCAACGUGGUCAGCUUGAUGCGAUACCUGAAUAUUUGGGCACAGAAAGAUUGGAACAUCGUCCUUACUUCUCGCAUAAUAUUCUUCCUGUUGAAGACGCAUUACCAUCAAAUUGUGGCUAAUCGAGUGAUGCGCACAGCCCUAAUCCCAUUGAGAAAGCAUCUACGGGAAUCGCUCCGCAAGCAGAAGGAUGCGGUGUCAUACAAUUUGGCGGCUCUCAAGUUUGUUAAGCGACAAAACGACGCCCAGCGGCUUGCUGAAUUUUAUGAGGAAGGCAUAGACGAAGAAAAGAUCAAAGAAAGGAUCACAGAGGGUAAAAAGAGGAAGAGAGUAACCAUCAAGGCCUGAAGUGAAUGAUAUACACGGCUGGAUGUGUUCCUAUAGGUUGUUAUACAUGAUGGGAAUGAUACAGAUCAAGGAAGGCUAUCGAUACAGUCUGGAAGGA